GUCGACCUGCCGGGAGAAAGCACCAAACGCGGUCUCGUCGUCGGGUUUUAGUUCAGCGUUGACUUCGGUAUCGAUCGGUUGUGUUUUUAGCCUGGUCUGCCCCCCAGGUUUCGUUGGAGUUUGGAGCCAGUUUGUUUUGGGGAAGGAAGGAAGAGUGUGUGUCCUGGCCACCCACAGAACAACAGCACCAGCUGUGUGCGAGUGUGUGUGAGUCAGGGGGUGGGAACUGUUUUUGCUCGUCCUUUUGAGGAAGUGGUGUUGUAUCCGUACGAGGUUUGUGGUUGAGUGUGGGUGUAGUGGGAUUGUGUGCAGCAAAAACGAAAGGAAGACACACCAGGCAAAUUGGAUUUAAAAAAGUGACCAACGCUCGCAGGUGGUGGUUGGGGGAUCAAAACGGACGGACACAGACGCGCGAGUGUGCGUGCGUACGUGUGUCAUUUAAGGAUAAUAGGAGCAAAAAAGUGCUAAUUCUUGUUUUGGACAAGACACGGCGACCCGACCAGUGUUGCCAGCUUGAGGUUGAGGAGUAAAGGAUUAAAACUCUCCCUCAAAAAAGAAGUGGUCGUUGUACAGAUUGUUUCCUCUGUAGCGCGGAACGAGCAGACUCGUAUAAAUAUUGUGCGAUAUCAGCGGAUUUUUAAGCACAGCUCAAACAGUGAACUGGAGAAAAGAGUCUUCAACACCUAGUGCUUUCAGCCAGCACUCGCUUGAGGGAACCCAACGGCCGAUAAAGUACCAACUGAGUGAUCCAGUCCUCCGAUGUUUACUCAAUGCGCUGCAGCAACUUCGCCGAAGUGGUACACAACUAAAGAAGUCGAGGCGAGGAAAAUCGAUUGGAGUGGCAAAUAGCUGUACAUCGAGUCGCUGGAGGUCGAUAGAAUUUCCCUUUUUUGAACAACCUUGAUGGAAAGCCACAUCGACAUUUGCGCUUUGGUACCUUAAGCAGUGUUGCCAGCUUUCAAACUUAAAGAAAGAGAUGAGGAAAAGUUGUGAUUAAUAAAAGGUGCACUUCCCAUGGUUUUUCGGAGUGGUUCAAACUGUUCGAACUUAGAGGGUGCCAAGCAGACACGGAGGGAAAGAGAAAGCCAAUUUUGGAGCUUAUUGUUGCCUGCCUGCUGAACACAAACCAAACCAACACUCAAUCUCCGAAGGUCUCUCCUCAUGUCUGUCUGUGUUGGCUUGUCAUCAUCGUCAGGUGUAUUGAAAAUCCGCGUUUUACAGUGUACUUGCUUGCCUGUACAAGAAGGAAGCCAGCCGACUGUGCAAACAAGUCAACUUGAAAUUAAGUUUACUUUGUACACUUUUUAGUGCCGUUUUUUAAUCGAAUUUAUCAUCAUUACACCACGCGCGAGAGCGCUGAAAGGCUUUGGUUUGAACGAAGGCAAAUGAGAUAAGUGCAGGAAGGUAAAAGUGAAAUCCUGGGAAUUUCGGCAAAACUUGCAGCGCCCAAAUGAGCAUUGAUUAAAAAGUGAACAAAAAGCUUAAAAACUAACAAAGAGGGAAACGUGAAAAAUAAUAUACAUGUGUGCAGAUUUUGGUGGGAAUUUUCCGUGAACCCAGUGCAAGUUUUGUGUGUGCAUGCGUGGGCACACGCGUCAAUAGAGUGUUGUUGCUGAGCAGAGUUGCUGAGUGAGAUCGGCACACGAAUUGGAUCUAAUUUGGAUGAAAAUAUGUCAAAGGACCCCACACAAUCACGAAUACCACGUAUUGGCAGCAGCAGAAUCCCCGUUCCUGGUUCCAUCAGCCGCCCCCCGCACCAGUUCCAGUCCAAGCUUGCGAGGCCCUCGUCGGCGGCGAUCCCGUUUGCAACCCCCGCCAGUUUCCUAAGGCCACCGAGGUCAUCCGCGGUCACCAUCGCGCGGUCCUACUCCGGCGACAAGCUAUGUCAGGGUGAACCCAGUCCGUUCCCGGUGUUGGCCGCCUCAACACCUGCACCGCAGUUCAAAGCGCCGCUCGGUGCGGUGUGUAAUUUGUACAAGAAGUUGGAGCUGGUGUCCACCGAAAACCUGAACGAUGUCCAGCCGCUGGACAACACGUUCGCCGUUGCUUCGCCAUGUGGUGAGGUAGACUUUGCGGACGGUCGCAUGCUGGUGGAUGAAUCGCUGGAGCUGGUCGGUGCAGGCAGUACAGACAAUCUGUUGCUGGAUCAGGACGCCGCCAUGUUGAAGAUGGCCUCCAGCAACGAGACGGUCACGCUCAACAGCGAUGGGAACGUGACGUACGAAGUGAAGCGCAGUGAGACGUUCGUCAAGCAGAAACAGGAGGAGGUAGUGUCGGUCGGGAAACUCGGUGGUAGUCGAGAGUCAUUGAAUCGAACAAGAGGAGCUUCACUGUUUUUGACGAUGAGCAAGUCGAGCGCGGAUUCACCCGUCCUGGAUCGGACGCACACGCUGGACGAACCGAAGCGGGCGCUCUGUUCGACGAUGGUUGGUAACGUAACCCAAAGCAUUCCAAAUAUUACGCAGGAGCUGUUGUACCGGACGCACGAGAUCAACAGCCCGGACCGGCUGCUGCCGACGGACCCACACGUGGUCCAGAGACCCACCAGACUGACGUUCAACUUGAACGAAACCACCAAUUUGUUGCACCUUUCGGAUCCCGCGUUGGAAUUGAACAAAACGCAGGUAUUCAGCUCGACGAUGCAUUCUCCGCUGAACGUGACGAAGAACGUCGGGCACGAAUCAUUGGACACGAGUGCCGGCGAGCGCACGUUGGUCGCGGAAGAACUUGACGAAGACGAUGGCCACCACCAGAGGAGGCAGAACGAAACGAUGGAUGUAGAUGAUAGUGGCGGGGGUAAGGAGAUUUUCGAUUUAAGUUUGGAGGAACCGGCUUCGGUGGGCAGGGAAGAGGUGGCACUUCGACCGCUGGAAGGACGAUGCUCGAUCCCGGCGAAGCAGCGUUUCUCGUUUGGGUUGGAUUUGACCGAGUGUACGCUGGACUGCUCGAUUGAGCUGUGUGAUUCUUCGGUGUCCUCGGCAAAGCCACACGUGAAGUCUCCCGUAUCAACCAGCCUGACGAAACAAGGUUCGUUCGAAAUGGACGAAAGCUUGGGAAUAUUGACUCCGGAUCAGAUGAAAGAAUUUCUGGAUUCAACCACGACAAACACGAACAAUACCAACAAUUUGGAGCUGCAGCUAAAUACGGGUUCCCACAAGCAUGGACUGCACCAUUGUCGAAUUGACCAGACCCCAUCGCCGGAGGAGCUUCCGCUAGAUCCGGUGGGUGUCAAAACGGACAUGUCGGACAUUGUGCUGCCGUCUGAGAUUCCCUCGAGUCAGGCGACGAGCAUGUACCAGGAAAUUUCGCAGACGGAUUCGGACUCGAAGACGGAUCAGAUGACGAAAUCUGCGACCUCAAAGGUCUCCAAUAGCUUUAUUACGAGUAUUACCAGUAUAACGAGUUUGGACACGGGUUACCAAGGCGAUGGUGAAAUGUCCCGACCAGCGAGCCGCGGGGCGGAUCACUCACCAUCGAAUGGACCACGAAUUAAGAACCCGGGUGCAGCACCGUGGAAUGCUCCCGCAGCUCAGGCAGCGCCUGCGGUUCCACGGCGGCAGGAUCCCAUGACUGAUAGUGACUUUUUCACCGAAAGCGAUGCGGACGACGUGUUCAACCGGGGUGACCGGCGGGCCCAGGUCAUCGACGGGCAGCUGUACGGACCCAUGGUUCAGGGGGCAAACGUAUUCAUUAAUCAACAGCCACAAAACGACGAUUCCUGCAUGGAGUCGAGUGGAAUUUUCACUGACGUCGAGAACCGCGGCGAUGACGACUUGGUUCAUCGACUGUCCGAGGAUCGCGAGGAGGAGGAUGAGGAAGAGGAGGACGAAGGUCAACCUAUGGCCAUGGAGAGCGAUAUGAGCCCCGACGCGUCCACGGAGACCAUUAGCAGCAGCAACACGGCGUGCAGCCAAAAGAAGGUACUACUUCCCCAAGACGCGGUGGAGGAGGACCAGGAGGACGCUAAUAGUUUGCGGAACGCUUCACUGGUUUCGUCGGUUAGCACGAACGACGCGUCCAUUGAGAUGGUGGUGCAGGUCGCGGAACAAACCUUCGAGAUGCCACCAGGUGACGUCGUCGUCGGCGAGUCCACACAAAAUCAAUCCUCGUCGUCACCGGUCGCGACAUCACCGUCAUCACCAUCAUCAUCAUCGCCGUCAACGGCCGUAGUGGUGAAUGGUACUGCUGCUAGUGGUGGUAGGGUCGAUAGUAGUGCUAGUGAGGUCGUCGUCGUCGCAGUUGAAGCACGAGGAGGCCCAAGUUCCGACAGUUUGUCUGGCGCGGCCGUCGGUAGUGGAAGUGUGCUCGGGAGUGGUGGCGGCAAAAAGCCCAGCUCCAGCCGUAAACAGCAGAAAAAUGAAUCGAAUUUGGUGCUGAAAAAACACGAAAUGUCGUCGCGCGCGACGUUGAUCAAGACUCGCUUGUUCAAGGAUUCGGUCGUAAAGUCGGGUUCGGUUUCGAAGUCGUCGUCGUCGCGCAGUGUCGGUGGCAGCGUCCUGAGCCUGGACGCCGGGAAUGAGUGUGAGAAUCAGGAAAACAAGCGUCCCACCAGUGGUCACGGUGGUCCACGUGGUGGCGUUGGCGGAGGCAGUGUGGGCAAUCUGAGCUUUAUGAAAAAGUCGGCCACCCCCAACAAGUGGGACGCAGUGAUGAGCAAGAUUGCCGAGAAUAAGUCUGUUGUUAAGAAGAAUUUCAGUGAUGUGAAGUCGAAGAUCAGCUGCGGCAAAAGUGGCGGUGGUGGUGGUUUGGUGGGGCGCCGCGUGGAUUCACCGGCCUCCCUCAAGAGCCCACCGUCGGAAUGUGCCAGCAGCAUCGCAAGUCGCGGCGCGUCUACGCCGGGCGGGAAGCGCACCAUUUCCGGAUCGGUUAAGCGCGGGCGCACCCACAGCAAGGACAGCCAGCAGAGCUCCCAGAGUGAUCUUAGCCUUUCCGGUGGCUCACCCAAGCUGCAGCCAAAAGUUUCCAGCAUACGACCAGCUAAAAAGCGAGAUGUGCGCACAAUCAACUCGUCGUCCAGUGAUUUGGGUCCACCGCCAAAGACACUCGGCGGCCAGAGCCAGACCCAGACCCAGCCGCUGCAGGCCCAGCAUCAACGGACGGCCAGUCUGCGGACACCGGCUACAUUGCAAAAACGACUACCACCACCGGUGACGAACGCUUCGAUACCGAUCGUGCCCGACCAGCUGAAGGGAUCGCCUCCGCCCCCGAAACGGAACAACCUGAUCGCGAAACGAACGCUUUCGGCGAAUGCGGCAACCACCAAUGGAGGAACGAUAAGUGCGCAGCACCACGUUGUGGUGAAAACCGCACCACUGAAAGACCACAACCGCUUAGUUGGCCCAACGCCGACCUCCAAGCCACCGGGUGUCAACUCGCCAAAGCUGCUGCACUCCAAGACCCUUUCGAGCCGGUCGCACCCACCACAACCUUCAACGCCCCUACAGCAGCAACAACAACAACACUCCACAACGACGACGACGACGCCCUCCGGCCACCAGAACCACCACCACCCGACGGUCAACGGAGUCGCCAACCAAAAUGGCACCACGCCAGUGACGAGUCCAACCUCGCUGAAGAGCCCCGGCGGCCUGCAACGCAAUGGCACCAUCAUCCUGGACAAGGCCAACACGGGUUCGCCGCUGAUUUGUCCGGAUGGCGGCGGCGUUGGCAGUCCCAAGGUCCGGAACGGAAUUUCAAAGCAGCAGAAUGGAGCCGCCCCGCAAGGUUCCAAGGAGAUGCCGAUGGCGAACGGAGUGCCGACCAAGACCAAGACGACGGCCUCGGUGGGGACCUCGGCGGUCAGCACCAAUUUAGUCGAUAUUAGUUUGCUCAAUCAUGCCAACCGAGGCGUGGAAGCGCUGGGAGUUUUAGUACAAUACUUAGUUUAUAAUCUGGAUGCCUUUUCCUGUCCCACGAUCAAGCAGUCCCACCAGAAGGCAACCCAUGACCUGCUAGAGACCAAAUCGAUGCUCGACGACGAGCGCGACCAGUGCCAGUCGCUCAAGCAGCAGCUGCUCGACACGACGGAACGGGAAGCCGAACUGCAGGAGCUGCACCGCUGCGAGCUCAGCAAGGUGGAAUCCCACCUCGCUGACGCGCAGCGCUACGCCUCCGACCGCAUCACCGCCCUCGAGGCGGAACUGCUCCGCAAGGACCUGGAAGCGUGCUCCGCCCUGCGCACCCGCACCGAAGAGUUCGAGGCGCAGCUCGCCGAGCGGGAUGCCGCCCUCAAGCAGGCCCAGUCCCGCGAGCAAGAACUGCUCCAGCGAAUCUCCGCCCUGAGCUGCACCGAAAACGAACUCCGCGACAAGGUGCACUCAAGCGAGCUGGAGUUCGCCGAACGGCUCCAGGCUGCGGCCAUGCGCGAACGAGACCUCACCGAGCAGCUGAACGCCCUGAACCGCCAGAUGGACGCGCUGCGGCGGGCCGCCGACAACCGCGAGCAGGACCUCCAGGACAAGCUCUGCCUCACCCAGGACGAGUGCACCAUCCUGCGGCACAACCGCACCAGCUCGGUGUCACCCUCCCGCAGCAGUCCAGACCGCACCGAAAACACCACCCUGAUGGCCGCGACGCCGUUUGCCGCCAGCCCGCUGCAGCAGAACCGCUCGUCCGGAAACCUGAGCCACGCCCAGAUCCUGCAGGACGAGGUGGACAGCUUGCGGUGUGUGUUGGAUUUGAAGCAGCGCGAGAUCAGCGAGUUGCGCAAGCAGACGCAGGAGUACGAGCGGGAUGCAAGAGAUUUGCCCGGGGCGUUGGUUAAGAUAUCGGCGCUCGAGUCGCGCAUCGAGGAUCUGCAGGUGCAGCUGAAGACGAAAGUCGAGGAGGAGAAAGACCUCCAGCAACGGUACAAGCUGCUGCAGGACAACCUGAAGCAGGAAACCAAGGUCAAGAGCCGCCUGUCGCAGCACAACGAGGAGCUGCAGUGGAAGCUGAAGCAAAACUCGGAAAAGUUCUCCCACGUGUACGCCGAGCUGUCCAAGAGCUACCACGAGAACUCGAGCUACCUGAACACGACGCGGACCAGCCUCGGCGGUGGCACCUCCGAGCGAGUCUUCGAGAUGGAGGACAUCUCGCCGCCGACCAGCCCUGUGAUUAAGGGCGUGGUCGAGAAGAGCGAUUCCGUUUCGUGGGUGCUGGAGAUGGACGACGAACCGCCGGAGAUUUCCGCGUCGCGGAUGGUGCGGCGGGCCGGGUCGUUCCGCUCCAGUUACGAUCCGAAGCGGCAAAAGUGCGUCGGGAUGAACAGUUCGUUGAACGGGGGGAUUCAGCAGUCCAACUCGGUUGGGUCGAUUUUGAAGCAGCAGGAGUCGGUUUCGCCGUCGAAGACGACGACCUCGCCGGGGACGCCCCGGCUGCGGUCCAAGUCGGUUAGUAUUAAGGCCACCGAACCACCAAAGAAGAUUGUGCGAUCGAACUCGGGUGCGUCGUCAGCGGCGGCUGCGCCGGUGCCGACCUGCUCCAAGCCGAUCCGGAUGGCGGAGAUGCCGCUGUCGUGGAAGGAGCCGCCGCUGUACAGCAGCUCGCCGUACGCCCACAAGCGAUUUCUGAACGAGCGCAUGGAGAACGGCAAGUCGAAGGAUUUGUUUCUAGAGGAGACGGACGCCGACAGUCCGUACAGCCGGAGCCGGGCCGGGUCGUUUGGGAGUGAGGAUGUUGGGGGCGGUGCUGCCGCCGCCGAAGCAGUCGCCGAGCAGCCGGUCGAGUUUUUUCGUCGCGACAAAACGCCAAAUUUUAAAAAGAGCAAAGAAAACCGAGGACUCAUCACGUGUGAUACGAAGGCAUUGACGGGGGCUGUGGUGGAACUCCCGGUCGGCGUGGCCGCGCACAAGAAGCGACGGGACGCGUUCGCGCGCAAGAACCUGCCGAAAGAGGCGGCCGGGGAGGCGCUGGUGUCGGGUUCGGACGACGAGGCGUCCACCUCGAGCUGCCUGUCGGACGAUCUGUCCUCGCACAGCAGCAGUGGCAACAGCAGCAGCUCGAGCAGUUCGAGCAGCUCGUCGACCUCGACCGGGCAGACCUCGUCCGGGACUUCCGGUGGGGACGGUCGGGAAGCGCUGGUGGGGCUGGAGCCCGAACCGCGACGGCGCAGCGGCUCGAACGUUUCGCUGGAGGACGCGCUCAUGCAGAAGAUCGUCGCUAGUCUGAACGGGGGCAUUUCGGGGGCCGAGGCAGCGGGUGGUCUCGAAACGCCGAUGGAGGUCAGCUGGUCCGAGGACGGGGACCCGUCCGAGUCGAUCGUAUGACAUGACGAUGAUAGCUUUUAAAUCGUGCCGGCUCGAGGCGUUGAGGCAGUUUUUGUUUCGUUUGUUUUAUAAGAGUAGUUUUGUUUAAUUCCUUUUUAAGAGUAAGUCCAGUUAAUCAGUUGUUAAAUGUAUAGAUUUUUUUUCUCUCGUAUUUAUAACCCCCGAAAAGCGCGCGCGUGGUAAAAAGGAAUGAAAGGAUUUGAAAGGCGUGGAAAACGAUGGAUUUUUUCUGGUUCGUUUUAACGAGUUUGUGAGUUUGUGGCAGAGUUUCGUCAGGUUUGUUUGUUAUUUUAGAGGACAGUUGGCUCAUCUUGAUUGGAAGACGAGCGCGCGAGAAGGAUCACACAGAGUUAGUCAGACACAGAGCAAAAGGAAAAUUUGAAGAAGAUGUUUUUGUGUCCUUGUAGCUAUUAGCAAGCAGCGAGAAAGCGCGAUGGCAGGCGAAUAAACUAAAACUAAAAGAUGUGUUAUUAGUAUCGUAAGGAAAACUUGUAGAGAGGAAGCCGUUGAAGUCAACGCGUUCUGAAAGAGAGGGUAAUUUUAGUGCGGUUCACCCGGACCGAUCGGAAAGAAGGAGCUGCAGAAAAGGCAGAGAUUUGCUCUUUGGAAGAAGGGAAGAAAAUAUUUAAUUGUUGCCUAGACACGUAAGAGAGAUUUAACCAAGAAUGUAAAAAUUUGUCGAGCGUAAUAAUAAUAAAAAAUACAAGAAUCAAAACACUACCAAGUUUAAUCCAUUUUGUGUAUAAAGUUUAAAGUAUCCUUACAGUUAGUGAAAGAAAAUGAGAGGAGUUUAGACAUCGAUUGAACGAGGAAAAAUUGGUGCUCGUUUUUUUGGUAAUGGGAGCAAACCCCAACAAUUGUCACUUUGGAGCAAAAAACGUAGAAUUUUUGGAUGAGGAAUAAUCAAACCGCUAACCUAGAAGACAGAACGAGAUAUAAAUUUAAACUUAUUGAAAUUAAUUUUCAGUUCGAUUCCGUGGGAAAUAAUGACAGUUUAAAAAUCUCCACACACGCACUCUAAAUAGUGAAACCGUUGCACUCAUUUAAAAACCAAGCAGAGAAUAUUAUUCAUGUAGCAUCAGCAGCAAGGUUAACGUGCGUCAAACUGAUUGUUUAUUUACACCAGUUUUCGUCCCUCCCCCUCCAAAACAAACCCCUCCCAAAUGUACGAUAUUAUCGCAUUAAAAAACAAGUUACAAGAUUCUCUGAACGUAUGCAGCAACAACAAAAAAAAGUAAAACAAGCUACAUUCAACUACUACUCAACUAGUAGCGCAGAAAAUAGCGCAGUUUAAUCCCAGACGCAGCAGCAAAAUAAAGAAACAGUGUCGAGGAGGAGGAAAAAAAAAACAAACACAAUAAAGCAAGAAAAUAUGAACAUUUGAAAAACUUGAAGAAAAAAAAA